AUGCGUUUUCAACAUGUCGCAGCCGCAGGACUGACGACUUCCGCUGUCGCCGUUAACUUGUUUGUAUCUUCUUACUCGGGAAUUGUUACAUCCUUGCAAUUGGCCCCCAGCGCUCAGGGUCCUGGUAUUGGUGGAUAUGUUUUGACAACUACGGCUUCGAAUAAUGAAUCUGGCCCUCAGCCAUCGUGGCUGACGAAGGAUCCCUAUAACAAUGUUAUUUACUGUGUAGACGAGGCUUUCAGCACUCCCAAUGGAACCAUGACCGCGUACACCACUUCAAAAUCUGGUACAUUGUCCCUCAUUGAUACCCAGGCCACAGUCGUUGGGCCAGUAAGCACCGUCAUAUACAAUGAAGGGAAAGCUCUUGCAGCAGCUCACUAUUCUGGAUCAGCAGCCACAAGCUGGAACAUCCUACCUUCAGGAGGUCUCAAAUCCCUGCAAACCUUCAUGUUCAACCUCACCGCACCAGGCACAAUCCCCAGCCGUCAAGAAGCACCCCACCCACAUGAAGUGAUCCUGGACCCCACAGGAUCAUUCAUCGUUAUUCCCGAUCUAGGCGCCGACCUCGUCCGCGUCUUCGCUAUCAACCCCAAAACAAGCCUUCUCACGGAAAGCACCCCAUUCAAAGUCCCCGCAGGCUCCGGUCCCCGUCACGGUGCUUUCCUAAAAGCCGACUCUGGAAAAACUUUCUUCUUCUUAAUUUCCGAGCUCGCCAACACAAUUGCAUCGUAUGAAGUAUCUUACCUCGGUGCCACGGGUUUGAAUUUCACCAAUGUGUUCCUCAGCGGUACAUAUGGAAACAGGACAACACCGGACGGAGCAGCAGCUGCUGAAGCGAUAUUAUCCCCAGACAACAAAUUCCUCCUCACCUCCUCUCGCAAUGCAACGCUCUUCCAACUUGACAACUUCGAUAAGACAAACAGCACCAAGAUCCCCUCGGACACCUUACACUCCUGGGCGAUCGACCAUGCAAUGGGAAAGCUGUCUCUCAAGCAGAUUGCUCCAGCGGGGGGUUCGUUCCCGAGACAGUUUUCAGUGAAUAAGGCUGGUGAUAUGGUGGCUGUAGGACUUCAGAUGGAUGGGAGAGUGGUAGUUAUUGAACGAAAUGUGGCGGAUGGGACGUUUGGGGAUUUUGUGGCGAGCAUGGAUGUUGCGGGGCAGGUUACUAGUGUGAUUUGGGAUGAGUGA